GGAACCCGAGAGCUCGUCCUCAUCUCCCUCCCUCUCUUUUUUUUUUUUCCUUUCCUUCUACGUCUUCUUCUUUCUCCGGGAGUUGCAGAUGUGAGGCGGUGGCGCCUAUCGCGACGGAGGAGGUUCGGGGAAGAUCCUUCCGUCCUUCCACUCCGUACAGUGUGUGGAUUUCAUGGCGCGUCGGGCGUCCUACUUUGCAUUUGUGUGGUCUUCUACUUCUUCUUCUUCCUCCUCCUCCUGUUUCUUGCAGAGAUCGAGCUCGCUCACGGUCACCGAGAAGCUCUGCGGGGUGCUGAUUCCGGUCGUCGCCGUCCUCGACGUGCUUAUUUGCGCGAUCACCGGGUGCUUCGAGCAGCAUUGGGUCCGGAGGAAGCCUGCCCCACCUCUCACGGACGCCGCGCGACUUGCGCUUAAUACGCCUUUUAAUGUAAACGAGAUCGAGGCCCUGUAUGAAUUGUUUAAGAAGCUGAGCAACUCGUUGAUUGCAGAUGGACUGAUACACAAGGAAGAGCUUCAGUUGGCGUUAUUUAAGACCCCAUCGGGCGAGAACCUUUUCGUGGAUAGGGUCUUUGAUCUCUUUGAUGAAAAGCGAAAUGGUGUAAUUGAAUUUGAGGAGUUUGUACAUUCACUUAGUGUUUUCCAUCCAUAUGCACCAAUUGAGGACAAGAUUGAUUUUGCAUUUAGGCUUUAUGAUCUGAGGCACACUGGAUAUAUAGAGCGUGAAGAAGUUAAACAAAUGAUUGUUGCUAUUCUGAAUGAGUCUGAUACUUUGCUGUCAGAUGAGCUUCUUGAGGCUAUUAUUGAUAAGACAUUUUUGGAGGCUGAUGCGGACAUGGAUGGGAAAAUUAACAAGGAAGACUGGAAGGAUUUUGUUCUACAGCGUCCUUCUCUUUUGAAGAACAUGACUCUACCUCACUUGAAGGACAUAACUACGGUCUUCCCAAGCUUUAUCUUCCACUCUGAAGUUGAUGACUAGAAGUCCUCACUGAUUUUCGAAGAGUUUGCAUGUGCUUGAAGUCUGUGGAUCGCAACACGGUUGGUCGAGACUUGAAAUCAAACAGGCAUUAACAGCACAAAUGGAUGAAGGACGGCGAUGCAGUUUUCCCUGAUGCUACUGUCCUUUGAACUGUUCGAUUCAACUCCAUACGGAACGGAUGCUGCUGACAAGCGGGCUAUUUCACAUUUUUGAGGCACCUUAAUAUGCUUUGUUGGGGAGAACGUAAAGAUAUUUGCCGCGAGUUGCUGUCGGCAGGCCAUAUAGUUUCUGUAAAUUGUGAAUAUGGCUGCAUUCAAUUUUAAAAAAAGUCAAUUCUUUGUAUCUCAACCCCUCUGCUGGCAAUACAGCCUGGGCCAAUUUGUAACACGGUAUCGGUUUCUUAUUGAAGAUUGCUUCCACCAAGGUAAAUAAAUAAUGUUAGAAUUAUCUUUC